AGCCGUUCUAAGCAGAAGUUAGUGAGAAUUUUAGACCGGCCAACUCACGCCCUACCUUUGCUGCACGAGAGAAAUAGUGCGUCGCGACGCUUGGAAACAUUUCGUGCCGUUCCGUUCCGAAGGACCCCAGUUUUGGACAAGAAGCUUUCCGCCAAGGACACAGCCUACUUUGAAGUGUCCGUGUUUUGACUAGAAUAAGAAGAAAACAGCCGUGUCUUAUCAGUGACCGACUCUGUUAAAUGAAUGUUAGAGAACAGUGAAGUGAUAAGAGCCAGUAUACCGCUCUGAACUGACCGAAGGCGAAGCGUUGUGGCGAGUUGGAUGUGAAAAAUUCUUCGCUAACCUAGAAAUAAAAAGAAGGCAAACCUUCCCCGUACGAGUAAGUUGUGUUUCGCGGAGGCGACACUUUUGAUUUGACAAGCGUCGUUCGGCAAAGCAGGCAACGCCAAAGCGAUUGCUGUGUGUGGUACUGACUGCUGCACUUGCGGAGGCCGAUUUUGGUGGUGUAUUACAGAAUGAAGUUAUUAUUUUGAUUUGGUUGGUUUUUCACUGGCGGUGGCCUGACACAGGGACGGGUAGACGGAAAGGAGGACGAGGAGGAAGAACUGAUACCGAGAAAACAUACAGCAGAGUGCCGAGUCGUGUGAUCAUCGAAACGGCGAGGGCGAGGACGGUUGGAACCGAGUGUGGGGUGAUACUAAGAAGUCGAAGAAGAAAAACCGGGAGGUAAAAAGGCGAAGCAAUUUGAUUCAUAAAAAUCUUACUCGCGCUUUUUUUUAUUUAUUUCGCUGCGGUGCAUAUAUGAGUUCGCGCACACGUUGAUCCCCCAAGAGGGCGGUAGUGAGUUCAACUUGAGUAGCAGCUUGCCGCGCUAGUGUGUGGUUGUGUGCAGCACGCGAUUAGUCGCAAUCGGCGAAGCGUAGUAGGCGAAAAGUGCAAACAAGAGAGAAAGGGAGAGCGUUUAUAAAAUUAGAAUUAAAUUUACCCGAAUCAGCGAGUUGUGCCGUUUGCGAGGAUGGUUAGUGAUUUUUUCUGCGUGUUUGGUUUAUGACAAGAGGACGCUGUUUUGACGUGGUACGUUACCGGGUGCCGCGGGUCGGUGUGCUGGCUGUGGCAGUGUGAAGAGGAGACGUUUGUGUGUGCGCGAUGCAAUUAAUUCGUUACCGCUGGGUGAAGUUUUGUGUGUGCAAUCCGAACCGCGGGGAAUAAGGUAAACACUGUCCGUUCAGCCAGUAGAAAAGGUGAAUCUGCGCAUUUCGAUUGAUUUGCAAAUACAAUCUGAGAGGAAUUGUGUGAUCGAACGCAAGGAAGGAUCGGCAUCGACGAGUCACCAGGAGCGGCCCAUCGGAAGCUUCAAACAGGCGGGGAGCAGCCGUACUCUUCUGGGGCGUACGCUCAAGCAAUGGAAUUGGAGGCAGCGUAUGAAGCACUAGCGGACUACUCGCUCCAGGAGGCGCCCUUCUACGAGGCACCGCUCAAAGUGGUACCCCAGCAAUUGCAGAACCCAUUCUCCUUCCGAUUCGGUCAAAUGGCUGCGUCCUCGCUGAUGCUGACCGGUGGUGGUGGCGGUGGUGGAGGCAGUGGUGGUGGCGGCGGCGGCGGUGUAAAGCUAAUGCCAUUGAACUUUAGCACCAGUGGUGGUUCUGUAACGCAGCCGCAGUCAUCCGGUCUCCAGUCGCUACUUGUGCCGUCCCUGGUUCCAUCGUCCGGCAGCGGCGGUGGCCUGAUGAAGACGAAGAAAAACCUUAAAAAAUCCGUCAGCUUUCUGCCGACAUUUGUGCAGAGUUUCGACGGCGAGACACAGAUUCAGCUGAAACAGGAACCGCUGGAUGAUGGACCGCAUGUACGGAACAUACAGAAGGUUCCGAGCCUGUCGGAUUUGAGCGAUCCGGAGGCGUCACUAGAUGUGCCGACGCAGAUGCCACCGCUGACCCCCGGAACGAACAAAAAGCUGACCGAGGUGCUGUACGCGUCCUUUGCCUCCUGGGAGAAGGUAGUGCAAUCGUACAAAAUCACCAAAGAUCCACGACAAUGGACACCCGAACAUGUGAUCAUCUGGCUCAACUGGUCGAUCAAAGAGUUCUCGCUCGAAAGCGUCAACAAGGAGCCGUUCCUGAAAAUGAGUGGUCGCGACAUUGUUGGCCUGGGGAGGGAGGGUUUCCUGGCGAUCGCACCACCCUUCACCGGUGACAUCCUGUGGGAGCAUCUGGAGAUUCUGCAGAAAGAUUGUGAGAAAGCCCUGCUGGACAGUAGUGGCGGUGGCGGAGGGAGUGGCAGUUCGACGGCCGGAUCCGGCGGAAAUUUGUUCGACUGCGGUUCGACCGGAGCGGCCAGUAGCGGUGUAAGUGAACUGAGCGAGUACAACAGCGCCCUCCAACGGCUCAGUAAUCAGCAGCAGCAGGAGCAGCAGUUUGGUGGCAAUACCAACGCCGGCAGUGGCAGUGCUGCCAGCAAUUCCAAUAACAGUAACGGUUAUACGUCCCUGCACGACCGAAGCAACAGUUCCCCACCGCCACUGAUCCAGUCGUCCAGUCAGCAAUCUGGGAAUGGCGUUUCUGGUGGAGGUGGGGGUGGCGGUGGUGGAGGAGGGAGCGGUGGUGGCAAUACUAGCAGUAACAAUAGUACCAGUGCAACCAACAGUCAAUCCUCGUCCUCCGGCAGCAAUGUCAACAGCGGAAGUAGUAGCAACAAUAACAACAACAACAACAACAACAGUAUGUCCUCGUAUCUGUCCUCGAUGGCGGCAGCGGUGAGGAACGCCAACAGCAAUAGUGCAACCAGUACCAACACCAGUUAUCCUAGCAGCAAUAGUGCGAAUACCACCUCAACGACGUCCAGCAGCGGACAGCAUCCGCAGAUGAAAGAGGAGCACGAGCCGAACAGUUUUAUCAACAUCGACGAUCUGCCGAACUUUGGCGUCGUCCCGGGUCACUACGACGACCAGGAUCAGUACCACUCGUUGCCACAGCCGGAAACGCAGACUCCAUCGCAUGGCUACCUGGAAAACAGCCCGGAAUUCUAUUCUGCCAUUCAGAUGGAACAGAAGUAUAUGGCUCCGCACUAUAAAACCGGUCCGUACACGAGCCGAGGUGGCCGGUAUCAUCAGCCACAUCACCACAGUGGUGGUGGCGGCGGCGGUGGAGGAGGAGCGGGAACUGGCGCUGGCGCCGGAUCUCAAAACAGUCAUCACCAUCACCAUCAUCAGCACCACCAUCCGCAUCACGAUGGUUAUCAUGAGUACAGCUCACCGUACGAUACGCCCCCGUUCCAAACCGUACCCAGUAAUACGACAUCACCGCAGGGAUCGGCUGGAAAUAACAACGACGGAACCGGUCUGGGAGGUCACAUGGAUCCCUGGAGUCAGCUGCACCAUCCCGGACAGCAUCCGGGACACCCGGGAGCACAUCCGUCGCUGUUGGAUUUCCAACAUCCGGCCUACAUGGGAACGACGAUGGGUUUCGAUAAAACGAUGCUCGGAAGCUACGGAGCACAAGGUGGAACGCCGUGUUUCACCGGAUCCGGACCGAUCCAGUUGUGGCAGUUCCUGCUGGAACUGCUCACUGAUAAAACCUGCCAGAAUUUUAUCUCCUGGACCGGAGAUGAGUGGGAAUUCAAGUUGACCGAUCCCGAUGAGGUGGCACGACGGUGGGGUGUCCGUAAGAAUAAGCCAAAAAUGAACUACGAAAAGCUUAGCCGAGGCCUUCGGUACUACUACGAUAAAAAUAUUAUCCACAAAACUGCUGGCAAACGCUACGUGUACCGUUUCGUGUGUGAUCUUCAAACACUGUUAGGAUACUCAGCCAAACAAGUGCAUGAGAUGGUUGACCUUAAACCGGACAAAAAGGACGAUGAGUAAGCUGUCACCCUCCAAACCCCUCUAUCAACAACACCAAACAUCGUUUUGAAAGUAGGCCAAAGUGUGCUUCUUGCUCAAUCAACCAACGAGUGGAAAGGUUCCCCAUUUUCCCGAGAUCGUGCUUCCAUCGUUAGAAAAAAAAAAAACCCCCGUUUCUUCUCCUUGUUAUUCUCCCCUUCUACACCUGCUUCGGAAACUUCAAACAGAAAAUCGUACUUCAAAGAUAGAAGAAGGCACCCAACCCCUAGUAGGCUGUGCCAGAUAAACAAACAAAAAUGGUGGUGCCUCAACUGCCCCCCGUAACCUCCAACUUGAAAUUACGCCAUGUCGAACGCUAGCAGGCGUUGUAAAUACCGCAAAAGUGACAACAGAUUUCCCGACCUAUCUACUAGUAGUACAUAGUAGUAAACAAAUCGAUUCGUCAAAUCAGGAAUCAUUUGAAUGCGUACUCUCUCUCUCUCUCUCUCUCUCGUGUAGCAUAAACCAAUUUACCGAUCGACGAACAUUCUUUCUGGAUGCUUGUGCGAGUAGAAUAACUAGCACUGCACACAUCAACCAGAAUCGGAACCGUCGAAAAGCAAGCGAAACUUAAUUCUACUUAAAAAAAAGUUGAAGAGAACACAAAACAGUCAAACUGGUGCAAUUGAAGCGAAAGGCUUUAAUUGAUCGUUGUUUUGUAGAAAGAUGAGAAUCGUGAACGCAAGCAGGAAUGAAAGCAAGAAACAAAUUUUAUUUUUUUUAGUGAAUACAAAUAUUUGUGAAGCUUUGUGAUAAGUUUUUCAUUACUACGUUUUAUUAAGAUAUUCCUUCUAUAUAAUGUAUGAUUACUAAAUAUAAAGUAAAAUUAUUGGAAUGCGAAAGCAAAAUGAGAUAUAGAUUUAGAAGAACCCCCCCUCCCGAUUAGAGGAAGCUAACUCGCGAAAUUUUUAGCAAUGCGUCCCUUGAAAAAGAGAAAAGCAGUAUAAAACAAAUCGUUGUCGAUGUUCUUUGUAAUUAAACAGAAAAAAUACUAUUUAGUGAAUGGAUAAACAAAAAAGAAACAAAAAAGGGUUCGAUCGUCAAUGGAGAAUUGAAAAGCGUGCCUGCGAUUUGUGAAACGUGCGCGAGAAGAUUGGCGGCAUGAUUUUGUUUUCAGGAAGUUGCUAAUCUUUUCGCACUCACAAAUGGGAAAAAAUAACGAAUUCAGAGUACUAUUAUAGACGUUUAGUUUGCUAUUUGUGUUAAUGUGUUGUGAGCAUGUGUGUGUGUGAGUGAGUGGAUGCGUGACGGCAUGCUGGAUCCUAGUGUCUAAGCGAGUGUAGGAGUGAAGCUGUGCAGUAGCAUGUUAAGCAAAUAAAUAAAUAUAUUAUUGUAAAAAAAGAACGAAAGUCGAUCAAAAAUACAGCAAAAUAAAUAAAUUGUAGCUUUGGAACAGAGACACCUGCUCUUGGUGGGGUGAGUUUCUCCCUUUAAACUCAUUUAAUUGGCGCAAUAUUUGAGGAAGUACAUUAAAAAAACGACGGAUUUCAUCAAAAUAUUUAUGUCAAUCAUGUAGAAAUUUUAGUUCUCUUUGUGCCUAUUCAACGUAGUAUGAACAAUAUUUGGUACUUUCGAAGUUGAAAAUUGUGCCAAUUCGAUGAUGCCAAGAUGAGGGUGUCUGAUUCCUACGUUACUAUGUUUAAAAACUUCAA